AGAUAUCCACCACUCCAUAGAAAGGACAGUCGGGAGCUAGACAGCCCGCCAUGCCGCUUUGUAGACAACAACUCCCAUUGUUAGGGCGGAGAGUAGCUUGCCAGUAUAUCCAUAAUCUUUGGCUGAACGAACCAGAGGUAACGCAUAUCCGGCUUUUAUGACUACAAACUGGCGAGCUCAAUGUGUAUGGGUGUGAGCGGAAACCGGAGUCAUAGCAGCUGACAUGUUUUAGCAAGAUCUCCUAGCAGGCAAACAGCACGAUGAUGAUUACUAUUACUGGGUCGUCAUAUGUGUUUUUGAGGAUGGGAUAGGCUGCUGCUAGGCUAUAGUAAAUAGGAGGAUACGGUCACUCAAUCCACAACUCUUGUAACACAAAGUAUCAUGGCAAACAGCACUGUUAAGUGAGCAACUGACAGAGUAGACAAUUAGAUCGACUGGUAUAUCGUGACCUUUUUAACAAUUGGUUGUAGAAAGAGCGCGUAGGAGGUGGGGAAAGGAGUCGUGCGCAAAUUUCCUUUGCGGAUCAUAUUUUCACCAUAUUGCAACAACAUGGAGUCGCAGACACAGUACACCCGAGAGGAGAUCAACAGCACGAUAUGGGAAGUGCCGGAGAAGUACACGCGAUUGAAGCAAAUUGGGACAGGGGCGUACGGUUCCGUAUGCUCGGUAAUAAAUGUGAAAACCACUGAGAAAGUGGCCAUUAAGAAGCUUCACCGGCCCUUCCAGUCUGAGAUUUUUGCAAAGAGGGCUUAUCGGGAGCUUCGACUGCUCAAGCACAUGAAACAUGAAAAUGUGAUAGGGCUUCUGGAUGUGUUUACUCCUGCUGCUGGGCUUGAUGAAUUCACAGAUUUCUACCUGGUGAUGCCUUACAUGUUCACCGACCUCUCCAAAGUCAAAGGACUUCUCACUGAAGACAGAGUGCAGUUCCUUGUCUAUCAGAUGCUGUGUGGACUAAGGUACAUUCACAAAGCUGGCAUCAUCCACAGGGACCUGAAGCCUGGUAACUUGGCUGUCAAUCAAGACUGUGAAUUAAAGAUCCUGGACUUUGGUCUUGCUCGCCAUGCCGAGGCGGAGAUGACGGGCUAUGUUGUGACCCGCUGGUACCGGGCACCAGAGGUCAUUCUAAACUGGAUGCACUACACCCAGACUGUGGACAUCUGGUCUGUGGGCUGUAUCAUGGGAGAGAUGAUCAAUGGGAAGACGCUUUUCAAAGGGAAAGACUACAUGGACCAGCUGACUCAGAUCAUGAAAGUAACUGGAGUACCCGGUCCUGACUUCAUUCAGAAACUGGACAGUCAGGAGGCAAAAAGCUAUGUGCGGUCCCUCCCUCACUUUCCCAGAAAAGACUUCUCUAAGUUGUUCCCCAGAGCAAGUGCACAGGCGAUUGACCUUCUUGAGAAGAUGCUGGUUUUGGAUGGUGAGACUCGGCUUACUGCUGAGAGUGCUCUGACACACCCGUAUUUUGAUGGCUUGAGAGAUCCAGAGGACUGCCCUGAGCCACAGCCAUAUGAUGACAGUCACGACAAUGCCACGCUGCCUCUGGAGGACUGGAGGCGGUUAUCCUUCAAAGAGGUGAAGAGCUUUGUGCCAUUCCCACGACGGGACUCCAAGAGGCGAAACACACUGACAAUUUCUCCGUGAUUCCAUGCUUGUGAUAUCAGAAAACACUGCUACCACACACCAGCAAACGGCAGUAGGCCUUACACCAUGUUGCCCCUGAAACAAUCCUGUCAUAAUUAUUUUCUAAAUUAAGCCUGUGGUUGAAUUUCGUAUUGGGGAGUAUUGAGCUACAUUGUGCCGUCUGUCUCUUUUGGCCUAAUUUGUAAUGGUCGAUCAGUGUUUCAGCAGUCAGAUUGUUUCAAAUUUAACCCCACCUCCCCACCCAUCGGUGAAUUAGUACAUUAUUCCCUCUACGUAUCACAAUUGUUCAUGUUUUAUCAUACCCGAUGUUUAAUGGUCUUACUGUAUGGUUUUCUUUUUCUAAUAGUUGAUAUAAUAAAGAUGCGUUAAAUGUAA